AUGGCUCCCCCGCGACAGCGUGCGACUGCCGUUCAAGACGACUCUCGAUCCGAAGGCUCUAGUACUGCAAGAGAGCAUAAGUCUGGUACUGGAAAGGGUCGCAAAGCGACCAAUAGUUCCGCGGUGGUAAAUACUGUCGCGAAUGUCAAGAUUUCUGCCAAUGUCGCCAAUGUCACUAGUGCCCCCAUGGGGAAUGGCGACCAGCCGGACAAUCAGCCCAAGAUCCAUUGGUCCGAGAUGCCCCUCGAAUUCCUCCACUCCUACCGACAUGCCUAUAAAAUAUCUUCACCCAGCGCCUUUCCCACCGAAUACUCCCAGCUCCUCCUCUCCAAAGGAAUUGGCCUCCUAUCCCCAACCUCUAUCGCUGCCCAACGGGCCCAUCUCCGUCAAAACCAGGACACGAACGGAUCUCACAGCAACACCAAGAAAGCCCACCGCCCCCACAUCACAAGCCCCAAUGGCACCACCACCAGAAAUGGCCUACCUGGACAUAAUUCCAAACAUGCAGGCACAAGUGACGGAAAGAAUGCCCUAAACCACAUUAUCGGACAAGACCGUGUGAGCAAGAACCAGCUUGCGCUCACCAUUCGCAAACAUUUCAAUAGUGCCGGCCUUGCGGAGCAAGAAGCUAUUGCCCGAUUUCUGUACAAAGUUCGAGAAGAAGGAAGAGGCAGACAAUUCCGCCUAAGAUUUCAACCUUAA